AUGCAAAUAGGACAUCUUGCAAAGGUUCGGCUUACACAGAGGAUGAAUGACAUAGCAAGACCUCUGCUCCACCGUACACUACUUUAUUUGCUUCCACAGUCAACUUGUAGUGAAGAGGCAGACCCUAAGAGUUUGAUUUCUACCUUCAAGUGAAUUCUUCACAUCAAAAAGAAUUCAGGUUGCCGGUUGGAUUUCCCUUCUGAAAUAUUUAAAAUAAUAUUUAGAAAAAAUAAUGUCGGAGCACAGCAGAAAUUCAGAUCAAGAAGAACUUCUCGAUGAGGAGAUUAAUGAAGAUGAAAUCUUGGCCAACUUGUCCGCUGAAGAACUGAAAGAACUGCAGUCGGAAAUGGAAGUCAUGGCCCCUGACCCCAGCCUUCCCGUGGGAAUGAUUCAGAAAGAUCAAACUGACAAGCCACCGACAGGAAACUUCAAUCAUAAAUCUCUUGUUGAUUAUAUGUAUUGGGAAAAGGCAUCCAGGCGCAUGUUGGAAGACGAACGAGUUCCUGUCACCUUUGUGAAAUCCGAGGAAAAGACUCAAGAAGAGCAUGAAGAAAUAGACAAACGUAAUAAAAAUAUGGCCCAGUAUUUAAAAGAAAAGCUCAAUAAUGAAAUAGUUGCGAAUAAAAGAGAAUCAAAGGGCAGCAGCAAUGUCCAAGAAACAGAUGAAGAAGAUGAAGAAGAAGAAGAAGAUGGUGAUGAAGGAGAAGAUGAUGGUGAAGACAGUGAAAAAACAAGCAGAGAAGAGGAAGGCAAAGCAAAGGAACAAAUUAGAAAUUGUGAGAACAACUGCCAGCAGGUAACUGACAAAGCAUUCAAAGAACAGAGAGACAGACCAGAGGCCCAAGAACAAAGUGAGAAAAAAAUAUCAAAAUUAGAUCCUAAGAAGUUAGCUCUAGAUACCAGCUUUUUGAAGGUAAGUGCAAGGCCUUCAGGAAACCAGACAGACCUGGAUGGGAGCUUGAGGAGAGUUAGAAAAAAUGAUCCUGACAUGAAGGAACUCAACCUGAACAACAUUGAAAACAUCCCCAAAGAAAUGUUACUGGACUUUGUCAAUGCAAUGAAGAAAAACAAGCACAUCAGAACAUUCAGUUUAGCCAAUGUGGGUGCAGAUGAGAAUGUAGCAUUUGCCUUGGCUAACAUGUUGCGUGAAAAUAGAAGCAUCACCACUCUCAACAUCGAGUCUAAUUUCAUCACAGGUAAAGGGAUUGUGGCCAUCAUGAGGUGUCUCCAGUUUAAUGAGACGCUAACUGAGCUUCGGUUUCACAAUCAGAGGCACAUGUUGGGUCACCAUGCUGAAAUGGAAAUAGCCAGGCUUUUGAAGGCAAACAGCACUCUCCUGAAGAUGGGCUACCAUUUUGAGCUUCCGGGUCCCAGAAUGGUGGUCACUAAUCUGCUCACCAGGAAUCAGGAUAAACAAAGGCAGAAACGACAGGAGGAGCAAAAACAGCAGCAACUCAAGGAACAGAAGAAGCUGAUAGCCAUGUUAGAGAAUGGGUUGGGGCUGCCCCCUGGGAUGUGGGAGAUGUUGGGAGGACCCAUGCCAGAUUCCAGAAUGCAGGAGUUCUUCCAGCCACCGCCACCUCGGCCUCCCAACCCCCAAAACGUCCCCUUCAGUCAACACAGUGAAAUGAUGAAAAAGCCAUCACAGGCGCCGCAGUACAGGACAGACCCUGACUCCUUCCGGGUGGUGAAGCUGAAGAGAAUCCAGCGCAAAUCUCGGAUGCCGGAAGCCAGAGAACCACCCGAGAAAACCAACCUCAAAGAUGUCAUCAAAACACUCAAGCCAGUGCCGAGAAACAGGCCACCCCCAUUGGUGGAAAUCACUCCCAGAGAUCAGCUGCUAAACGACAUUCGUCACAGCAAUGUCGCCUAUCUUAAACCUGUGCAACUGCCAAAAGAACUGGCGUAAGAGGCAACAGAGUCAUCUAGAAGAACAAGAAAUGGGGAUGGUGGCUCUUGGAUUACAGCAUGGAGACUAUGUCAGCAGCAAUACUUUAGGAUCCACGUGGCAGAACUGGGAACAAUGCUACCGUCUGAUAAGGGUAUUUGUAAAAGGCAGAAUGUUUGGGCCAUGAAGAAGUAGGGGAUGAAGAGGAAGGUGGAAGGAGAUAAAAUAUAAUAUUCAGAGGCAAUAUUUUCUACUUGCAAUCAAUUUGAGUGACUUAGGUGAAAUUUAGAGUCAUGUUUCCAGAAGCAGAAGUUCAAAAAAAAUUUAAACGUUUGCUUUAUUAUUUUCUUCUGGUAAAUAAUAAAUAUAACAGAAGUGUUAA